AUCAUUUUCAUUCAAACCCAAUUCUCUAUCUCUCUCACACACACAAAACGAUAACACACAAACACACUCUUACUUUCUCAUCAGUUUCACACCAAAAAAAAAACCCUAAAAUUCAUUCACAAUCUCCAAACCAAACCCUACCAACAAUGACUUCACAAUUAGCUAUCCACACAUUCUCUCAAUCAGACACCAAAACAACUUCCACCGCCGUAACCACCACAGAUUCCGAUCCCAAUCUGCAACUUUCCACCGUUCGCAGAACUUCCACCACCGCCUCUCGAUCCACCAAAGACCGUCACACUAAGGUUAACGGCCGUGGUCGCCGCGUCCGUAUGCCGCCUCUCUGCGCCGCAAGGAUAUUCCAGCUUACACGCGAACUCGGCCAUCGUUCCGACGGUGAAACCAUCGAGUGGCUCCUCCGACAGGCUGAGCCGUCUAUUAUCGCUGCCACCGGCACUGGCACUGUUCCUGCUGAUCCAGUCUCGACUAUCUUCCCGGUUUCUUCCUCAUCUGUGCAGUCUGUGUCUUGCAAUGUUCACCCGGUGUCUUCGGUUUGUCAUGGUAGUCAAGACGUGUUUGCUGCGGGGAUGCCGCUACAGCAGCCGAGCUGCCGGCUUGACCUCUGUCAGCCUAUCGGAAUGGAAUACGCGGCGGAAAACAGAUACCGUCAUAUGCCGUUCACCGCGUUGUUGUUGCAACCGACUACGGUGGAGGAGAAUCAGCAAGAAGAAACUCUGAGCGAACAAUGACAUUGUUGUGAAGUAUUGUAAGGGUUCUGUAUGUUUGUGGAAUAGAAUUGAAAUUCGAAGGUUUUUUUUAGUAUUUAUAUUUUUAAUUAAUUUUAAGAUUAGUUUUAGAGUGUGGUAGAAUCUAUAGAUGUGUUUGGUUACAAGGUAUAAUCAUAUCAAUAACAAGAAGAACUACAAAAUUGGGUUGUAAUUUAAUUAAUCUGGUUCGGAAGAGUUAUGUAAAUGAUUAGAAUUAGAACUAGAAUUAGAAAGCAUGUGAAUUGUUAGUACGAUGACUUGUUCAUAAAUAAUUAUCAACUUGUAUCUUUCCAAUUGGCUGUUUGACGUGUAAAAACUUUGGAUUUGGACCCACUCAUUAGUUCUAUGAUGAUUAAUUGAUGUUUGAUGUUUUAUAAAAGUUUUGU